AUGAAUGAUUUUUUCAGCGGAAAGGUAUUCCUUGUUACCGGAGCAUCAUCUGGCAUCGGCGAAUCAGUUACUUUGAAGUUGAAUGCAUUGGGUGCCAAGGUCAUUGCUGUAGGCAGAAACCGGGAGCGAUUAGAAAAAGUGCGAGAAAAGAGUCAAUUCCCGCACCAUAUUUUCUCUGAAGUUAAAGAGUUGGCUGAAAAUAUUGAAACGAUGUCGAGCUAUGUUCAGGCCUUGAAAGACCGCUAUGGGAAAAUGCAGGGCUUGGCGUGGUGUGCAGGCAUCUCCGAUAUUGUGCCUUUACGAAGCCUUUCUUACGAAGGUAUCAAGGAUACGUUCGCGAUUAAUUAUUUCUCACCGCUGAUGAUGGCUAAAGCUUUCUCCGAUCGCCGUGUUAAUAAUAAUGCAGGAAGUUCUAUGGUUUUCGUGUCCAGUGUCGCUGCACAAUUGUGUGACAGAGGACAUACCGAGUACGCUGGAAGUAAGGCAGCGCUCUGUGCAUCGAUAAGGUGCAUAGCCAAAGAGUUGGCCCCCUCUAGAAUCAGAGCCAAUUGUGUUUUACCGUCAACGAUAGAUACGCCUUUAACAACGGCAAUGGUAGAAAAAUACAAUACUGAGCAUCAACAAUAUCCAAUGGGGAUCGGAGCAGUUGAUGAUGUAUCCGAAAUGAUAAUUUUUUUACUUUCUGAUAAGUCAGCUUGGAUCACAGCUCAAAAUUAUGUUGUAGAUUGUGGAAGUUUUUAA